AUGGCCGACACCGCACCGGCUCAGACAGCGGCACCCGCAAAUGGAGCCGCCGCACCCACACCCAGCGCAACAGCAGGAGCCCCGAAUGCGCCCGCGGAUCAGAACGCUGCGAGUCGCGGACUCCCGUAUUACGAGAAAUUGCGACGGGAGCUGAGGGACACACUGCAAAAAAAGCGUUUAAUGGACAAAAGCAUGGGUCAACUCGAAGAUCAAAUUUUCCGUUUUGAACAAUCCUACCUGGAAGAAACCACCGCCGGAAACAUCAUCAAAGGCUUCGACAACUACAUCAAGGGCUCAUCUAGCGGGUCCAGUCUCGGUGCUUCGGGCCUGGGAAUCGGCGGUGGCGUGGCUGGAUCAAGACGAAAAGCUGCAGUCACAGACUCGGAUCGAGUUUUUUCACGGAGCUCCGCAAGUUUCAUGAUGGACUCCCCCGGGCCCUCGUCUGCUCAAACCACACCUUCGCACGCUGCAACGCCAGCAUCCACACCCGGUGGAAACCUGUCAAUGAAGAACGAUGACGACAAACCCUCUGUCAAGCGAUUGAAGAUCAGCUAUGGAAGAGAUUGA